GUAUAAACAUGUCCUAAUUUACUUCCUUAUAACCGACAUUUUAGUAAACGAAGACAUAGAGACCUACAUACAAAUGAUAUGACAAAUUCCUUAAUUAAGAGGUAAUGGCAUCCAGUAAACCUAUACUAUGUGGACCUUGUCAUAAAGGGGAAGUAACCACUAAAGCUGACAUCUGGUGUAAUAACUGUGACGAAGGAUUAUGCUCAACAUGUUUAAAGCAUCACAAAAGGUCCAAAGGAACAUGCGAUCAUAAGACCAUUGAUAUCAAAAGUUAUAAACCAUCCAUCGCCAUCAAAACAGAAUGUGACAAACACGGUCAACAGCUUAACUUGUACUGUCCCAGUCAUUUAAUGCCUUGCUGUGAUGAAUGUAUUGCCACUAGCCAUUCAAAAUGUACCGGAAUAAAAAGUUUAGCAGGUGUCGUGGAUAAAACAAAGAUUGAAAAAUCCAAGGAAAUUGUAGAGACAGACAUACAUUCUAUAUUAAAUGUAUUGGAAACAAUAAUCAACAACAAAUCCAAAAACAUCAAAACUGGAGAAACUCAGUGUGUUAGUAUAAAGAAAUCUAUAAAAGAAAUUAGACAAAAAAUAGAAAAAAAUUUAGACGAUCUGGAGAAGAAGUUAUGCCGAGAAGCAGAUAUUAUUUGGAAUCAGGAAAAAUCUAAAGCAACUGAUUUCAUCUCUGAAAUUGAAGCGAAAUCAAAAAGCUUGAGGGAAAUGAAAGAACAUUUACAAACAGUCAUAAAAAAUACUUCUAAGCUACAAUCAUUUCUUGGUGUACAUCAGAUUGAACAACAAGUACAUCAAUGUCAAAGAUAUGUUGAAGAUCUGGAAAAUGAUGAGAGGAUCAAAGAAGUUGACAUCAACAUGAAGCAAAAUGAUGAGAUAGAAAACAUACUGAGCAAGUUAGAAUCCUUAGAAUCCUUAGGAGAAGUCAUUGUUAUAAAGACAGAAGUAGCCACGAAAACAGAAAUAAGUGUGGGAACACAUCCACAAGUAGAAUUACAAGAACCAUCCAACAUAAACAACAUGACCAUUAAUAUAGAGACACAGAUAAAGAUCAACAUGGAGACGUGGAUCAGUGACAUGAUUUGUCUGAUGGAUGGAAGACUUAUAGUAGUGAAACGGUUUGGUAAAGUUAACCUUCUUACUUCUGAUGGCAAACUACAGAAACAGCUACCUAUACCUGGUAAUCCCUACAGUGCUACACAGAUCAAUCAGAACACUAUUGCCUUAACUUAUCCUCAUGAGAAAGCCAUUAAGAUCUUCAAUAUGGAGAAUGAAACAGUUACCAAAGUUAUCACGUUAGACCAACCAUGCUUGGGUUUAUCAUUCUCCAAUAAUUCUCUGGCUGUAGGUUUGAGUAAAGAUGAAAUCCGUAUUAUAGACUUGGAAGGAAAACAACUAAAGUCAAUACAAGUAGAGAGUAAAUCAGACCUGUAUGACCUUGUUUACUGUAAUGACAGAGUAAUCUAUAGUGACUAUAAUGGUAAUGCAGUAUACUGUUAUGAUGAAUCAGGUAAACAGAUCUGGGGAUAUACACAAGAUUUAUUAAGACCAGAAGGACUUUGUAUAGAUACUUAUGGUAACAUUAUUGUAGCAGACUAUCAAUCUAAUAGAAUAAUAGUAAUAUCAAAAGAUGGAAAGGAGAGUAAAGUACUGAUUGGUGAAGAGGGUGGACUGGAGGUUCCUAUGUAUAUUUGUUUUAAUCAUAACGAGACUUCAGGUUUUAUUUGUGAUAACACUGGUACAUACUUGACCAAAUUUAACUUAACCUAUAGAUAA